AUACACCAAAGCAUCACAUACACUAUAUUUUCCUUCGAAAUGGCCACCGUUGAGGUUGAACACGUGACUUCAGUAGCAGUAGAGAUCGUUGAGACGGAGGUGAAUCAACACCCGGAAGAAGUGUUUGUGGAAGAUGCAGAGAAGACAAAUGAGGAUGAAGAAGAGAAGGCAGCAGUGAUCACUGAAACUCCAACAGUUGUGGAGGAGGAGAAGAAAGCUGAAGAAGUGACUGAAACUCCGGAGGAGAAGAAGACUGAGGCGUUGGAGGAGAAACAGACUGAAGUUGCGGCUGCUGAGGAAGUCGCCGUCGAGAAGGCCAAGGAGUAAAGAGGAAGGAAGAAGCUCUAUAUGACCGACCUUUUUCGAUCUCAUAUCGUUUUCUGUUUAUUUUAUUUUAUCAACAUUUCACCUUUCUUUCGUGUUGAAGAGCCCAUCUUGUUUGAACUGUUUAUGUUUUUUUGGUCUCAUAUCGUUUUUUGUGUGAUUACAUGAACAUAGUAUUGUAGUCGUAAAUCAACAGAAGCUAGACAGAACCCAACAAGAAACAAUUUAAACAAGCUUGGGCUCUUCAACACGAAACAGUACCGCCAAAUUAUACACAAAUUUCAUCAAAACAAACAAA